GUUGUCUUCUCCGGCAGUGUGGACUCACCAAUGGACACGAAGAGUCCGAGUACGCCAACGACUGAUGGAGAGCACUGGAGUGACGAAACGGAAGGCUCUCCGGAGCACACGGGCUAUGCAGCUCUAGAUCAAUAUCAACCUCUCGGCGAGGAAGGUGAUGAGGAGGAGGACGAUGAGGAUAAUGAGGGAACGGAAGAGCAGCGAACCGAGAGCGUCGGGGGAGAGGGCUGGCCAGCAGGUGUUGUGGACGUUGACACCUCUCUACAACCGGACAUGGCGUCUGUUUUGCUAAGGGCGAUGGAAGAAGACUAUCGAGCAUGCGUUGAAAGCGAGGGGCACGUAGUGAGCAAUGGCCCGAUCGCCGCUGCAACCGCUGCGACAGAAACGAGGAAACCCCCAAGCGAAGAGCCUGCACAGCAGCUGGAGGGUAAUGGAACUUUGACACCGGGUCAAGGGCAGGGAUUGGCGUUGGGUAUCAGGGGUGGAGGCGAAGCCGACGCUGAGGUGGAAGCACCUCCACCAGCACCAGCACCAGCAACAAUGAGACCUGUCUCACCUCUUGGCCAAGAUCGAGCAGAGCGAGUGAUCCGAGCGAUGCAAGGCUUCACCCUCGCUGCCCCUUCUCUUCCACCCGCUCCAUUCGAGGCGGACUGGGGACAUCCUAGCGCGCUCGCUAACCUUGCAGCAGCCAACACAACAAGCGCGGAAGCGGGGGAGGAAGGGGGCGGGGCGAUCGAACCGGCCACGGCUCCUGCAAACGAAGACCACCGAUAG